GUUUAAGCCUAUCCCUCAACCCCCGUCAGCCGUUCAGCUGCGCCUUCCCUCGCCGUCGUCCUCGCCAUGCUGCGUCGGCCAGCGCGCGCCACCCUCGCUGCCGCCGCUACCAGUGUUAGCCCACAUCGCACGAGAUCCCUAGACCGUCAGCCGUCCAGCCGCGCCAGCCCUCUCCCUCGCCGCGCUGCGGCAGCCCUCGACGCUCUCGCCGCCGCCGCCCUCGACCAAGUUCCCUCACCACCACUCGCCGCCACCGCCACUCGACCGCCAGUCUUCCCCGUUGGUCCUCUUUGCCGUGUAUUUCAAGAAUCUAGGGUCGGGGAGAGUACUAGGGAUCAGGAGGACGGAGGUGGCGAUGACCACGACUUUGAGGACCGCGUUGGCAAUAGACACAGUGGCGGGGCUCGUGAUGGCGAGGACCACGAUGACGAGGUCCAGGAUGAUGAGGACCAGGAGGGUGGAUAUCACGAGGGUGCCGGUCAUCAGGGUCAGUUCGUGUAUGUCAAUUCGGAUGACGAGGUUAAAAUCACUAGAGCUGGUGCUGGGCUCAUCACACCAGCAUUCUAUGAGAGGAUGGACACAGCUGACAUGUCAUGGCGCAAAGUCUCAGAGACGACAAAGGAGUUCUACUAUCGAGAGUUUAAGAAAAAUGCUCGAGUGGAUCUGUCAAUCGAUGAGGGCAGGCUGAGGAAAGUUUUUCUCAAGAAAGCUGCUGAACGGUACGCGAAUUUUAUGUACAAUCAAAGGAACCCAACUCGAUUGAAGAAGAAGAAGAAGGACCCGAGGCCAUUUGAGCAGUUGAAGAAGAAGAAAAGCGGGCCUGUGCAGUUGGAUGAGGUUAUCAUCCACACAAAGACAAAGAAGCACGACGACAAGACUUGGGUUGAUCCAGAACAUGCUGAGCUACAGGCCCAAUUCUUCGAACUGCGCGAGGAGGCUAGACAGAAAGGGCUGCAAGUCACCGACCAAGAAAUAUGGUACUCGCUAGUCGAAGGCCAUAACGUGAAGAACCGCGUUCCCGGAGUUGGUGACUACGAGCGGGAAAUGAGGAAGAUGAAUCUGUCCUCCAAACCUCGUCGUUCCAGCACGAGUAGCAGCAGCGCAGCAGAGAUGGCAGCACUUAAAGAGCAAAACCAAAGGCUGCAGGAACAAAUUGAUAAUCUAACCUCGAGCUUAUCGCUGACGAUUCAGGAGGAGAUAAGGAGGCUAUAUGGUGGUAACCUUCCUCGACGAGGCGAUGAUGAUGUAACGGGAGGGGUAGGGCAUCCCGGGAUUUGUUGAGACCUUUACGACCUUUGCUUCCUCCAUUUUGAACACUGACACUUUAAUAUUCAUUGUUAGAAUAUAAUGAAUUAUGUUACAUUCG